AUGUUUAGACAGGUUGUUAGCACAUUGAGACUGAAUCAAUAUACAUUGAUACAGAAUAACAUAAACUAUGCUAGAUUCUAUAGUAACAAGUGUUUGGUGGUCGCAGAGCAUGAUAACAAUAAUAUUAUGCCAUCCACUUUGAAUACGAUCACAGCUGCAACAAAGAUUGGUGCACCAGUUGUGUUGUUGGUCGCCGGUGAUAAGUGUUCGGGCGCUGCAGACAAGGCUUCCAAGAUCAAGGGCGUCACGACUGUGUUCCACGCCGACCACCCACAGCUCGCCCACUCGCUGCCCGAGACACUGGCGCCCGUCGUCAUCGGACUCAAGGAGCGUCAGCAGCUCACUCACAUCUUCACACCAGCCACCAACUUUGGCAAGAACUUUAUCCCACGUGUCGCCGCACUGCUCGACGUUGGCGCCGUCUCUGACAUCACUGCGAUCAAAUCAGAGGACACCUUCACUCACCCAAUCUACGCCGGCAACGCCAUUGCCACUGUGCAGACAAGCGAUGCCGUCAAGAUUGGCACGAUCAGAACUACAGCUUUCGAGAAGGCACCCGCAGAGGGAGGUGCUGCCAACGUCGAGGCAUUGGAUUGGGUGGCGCCCCUCGUCGAGAAGGCUGCCGCCGACACUGGCGUCACAUGGGAGUCUGCCGAGAUCGUCAAGUCUGAGCGUCCAGAGCUGACGAGCGCUCGCGUCGUCAUCUCUGGUGGUCGUGGCAUGAAGAGUGGCGAGAACUUCAAGCUGCUCGAGGAUCUGGCCGACACAAUGGGUGGUGCCGUCGGUGCAUCGCGUGCCGCCGUCGACAGUGGCUUCGUCUCGAAUGAUCUGCAGGUCGGACAAACUGGCAAGGUCGUCGCUCCAGAGCUCUACGUGGCCGUUGGCAUCAGUGGUGCCAUUCAACAUUUGGCCGGUAUGAAGGAUAGCAAGGUGAUCGUUGCCAUCAACAAGGACCCAGAGGCACCAAUCUUCCAAGUUGCCGACGUCGGUCUCGUUGGUGAUCUAUUCAAGGUUGUUCCAGAGUUGACUGAGGCCAUUAAGAAGGCUAAA